GGUAGGCAGUUGAAGAGGGGAUGUAAAUUCGGAUGCACAGAUUAAUUGCAAGGAAGUUGUUGGAGGGGUUUACUCGAAAAGCAGAGGAGGCCUUGGAGUUUUUGUUAGGAGGAAGCAGUGCAAUAUCAGGCAUGGAGGUUUGGGGAGUCAUGAGUUAACUGCAUGUAAACUGUGUAGGUGAAUUGGGUGGCAGAGGUGGCCAUGCAGUUAUGUGUAAGGAAAUGGCACAAGUGGCUGGCAGAAUGAAAAAUCCAUCAAUUGUUGGAGUUCUGUGUACAGAUUCACAGGGGCUAAGUCUGGGAUGUUGUGGAAGCCUUUCCGAUAAACAUGCUGGUGUGAUCUCCAUUCUUCCUCAGUAUGCAGCCAAACUUACGUCAGACCCCACAGAUGUGCCAGUUGUAUGCCUAGAAUCUGACAACGGAAUUGUCAUGAUUCAAAAACAUGAUCAUCUGACUGUAGCAGUGCACAAAGUGACAUCGUAGCAUCACUCUGCAGAGCAAGUCAAGUUUGUCACUGAAAAUACUGCUAUCUGUGUAAUUUAUUUAGCAGGACUGUAUGUGCUUUCACCUAACCUUUUUAUAUGGCACAAGGCACAAGUGUUCCAGCAUUAAAAGGAGUUUUAUUAAAAGAGCUGCAGCUCUGAUUAUUUGAUUUUCUGGCAAAUAACACAAUUUUCUGGUUGUUACAUUGCUGCUCACUUUAUUACCCUUAUUUACAAAAUAAAUCUCCUUUAUUAUCCGAUGGCCAUAAGUAGUUGUGUAUUGCAGUAAUAGAGUUGUUUGAGAAGCGUGAAAGAGGUUCUGUAUAAGCUCGCGUUUGUGUACCUAACAUAAAUGUUUGGUCUAAUAACAAUGUAUUUUUAUUUUAACCUCACCAAUGAUCUGUAGACUGGAAAGUAAGUACAAGUAUAGGACCUGGGGUUUUCUGGAUAAGGGAUCUUUCCAUAAUUUGGAUUACCCAACUUUUAGUCUCAAAAAAUAAUUUAAACAUUAAAUAAACCCAACAGGAUUGUUUUGCUUCCAAUAAGGAUUCAUUAUAUCUUAGUUGGAAUCAAGCAAAAGGUCAUGUUUCAUUAUUACAGAGAAAAAAGGAAUAUAAGAAAAAAAAAUAUUUGAUUAAUAUGGAGUCUAUAAAAGAUUGCCUCACCAUAAUUUGGAGCUUUCUGGAUAAUGGGUUUCCAGCUAACGGAUCCUAGACAUGUACCUGCACUAAGGGAGUGCAAUUGUUACAAAUAAUAUGUAUAAUUUAUGGUAAAUUUUAUCCAGUGUAACUAAUAACACUGGUAGGCCUCUGUCACAGUGGCUGCAAUGUGAAGCCUCAAAAGCUGUGCUGGACGUUAUCACCCUGAAAUACAUGUUUUGGCAUAGUAAUGGUGAUAAAACACCAGGUUUUAGUCCUAAAAAAAAAGUGUUAUUUAGUAAAAGUGGUUUUAUGUGCAUAGCUUUCAUCCUUUUGUAUAAUGUUUCAAAUAAUUUGAUAGAAAUAUCUUGAUGCGCUCAGUUAUUGUACCUAAACUAAAUAAACCACUCUGGUUUUGUGUUA